AUGAAAACUCGCAGAUAGAAAUCAGAACCUAAAUAUGCAUAUUAAUAUAAAAAAGAUUAAAUAUUAGGACAAAGUGAAAAUGGUUAACCAUUAUUGUACAAGGUAGUUGAAGACAUGAAAACAAAUGAUCAUAGAUCUUAAUUGAGAGUAGUUAAAUUGGAAUAAUAAGAAAAAUUGAAGGAUGGAAAAGUGGUUUAUAAAGAAGCUGAAGAACUUUUAUUAUCUGUUAAAGAACGCACGUAAAAUUAAAUAUAUUUUUAGUAAAGUAGUUGAUGAUGUGGAAGUAAAAUCUGCAAAACCAAAUCCAAGAAGUAAGUCAGCUGUUACAUUUUUUACUUUUCCCCAAGAUACUCUUUAAGAAAUUGCAAAGAAUAUGAAAUAGGUUCCCGCCAAUACAAAAUAAUAAAAAAAAUAAGUAAGUUCAGAGAGUGAGAGUGAGAAUGAGGAAGAGGAAGAGGAACCACCAAAAAAAUACACAAUCAAAAAAGGUUAAAAGCAAUAAGUGAAAGGAUAGCAUGAAAUAAAAUAAGUUAAAAAUAAGUAAAGAAAAUAAUAAGAAAAAGAGAAUAGUGACAAUAAAGAUAAUGAAGAAGAAGAUAAAGAAGAAGAUGAAGAAGAAGAUAAAGAAGAACUUAAUGAAGAAGAUGAAAAAGAAGUAAAACUAUCUAAAAAAAGAUCUUUCUAAAAAUAAACUAAAAGCUUGGUUGAAAAUAUUCAAAAAGAAAAAGAAGGAAAGGUAUAGAAGAGAGAUGGGAAAAAAUAAAAAAAAGAUGAUACAGAAGAAAGUGAAUAAGAUGAGGAAGAGAAUGAGUCAGAGAUUUUUUAAAAAGUUUAAAAGUAAUAAAUUAAGAAAUCAUCUGAUACAAAAUAAUUAUCUUAACUAGUUCAAGAUACUUCAUAAAUAUUAUAAAUAUUGAAAGAAUCAUAAUAAAAAGGAAGAGUAUAAACAUAAAAGUAGAAGGAGGAUAAUGAAAAUGAAGAAAAGUCUUAAUAAUUUUCUAUUGAUAGUAAAAAAAAGAAAGGAAGUAAAAAUAACUCUGCUCUUAAAUCUAAAUCUCAGUCUUCUCAACCAGAUAAAUUUAUAAAAGGGAAAGUGAAUCCAAAUUAUUAAGAUAUAAGAAAUAUAUGUGAAUAAUUUGAAGGAGCAAGUUCAAAAUUUCAUGAUUACAGUAGCAUAAUAAUGAAUAAUAAAGAAUUGAUUAGAGCUGCAUAAACAGGCAAUAAAAAAUUAUUAUAAGAUAUAUUUACAAACUCUUAAAAGAUUAGUAAUUUAUUCUAAAGAUGGGGUCCUGAAAAUGAAAUAAAUGCUUUGGAAUUAAUAUUUUAAAGAUAAGAUAAGGAAAUGCUUUUGUAAUUUAUCAAAUCAAUUGGUAAAUUAAAAUUAGGAGUAACUCCAAAAUGUUCAUUAAAAGAAAUAACAACAGGUUACAAUGAUAAGUUUGCUUAUGGUACUAGAACUAGGAAGGUUGCAUUAAGUAGAGGAGGAAGGGAAGGAAAUAAUGCAUUUGUUUAUGAUUUAAAUUAAGAUGAUAGUCUAGGGCGUUAUUAGAUUUAAAGGUUAAUGAAAAUUGAAACUGAACCAGAAUUUUUUGGAUUAAUGAUAGCUUAAUUAGGGAAUGAACAUUAAUAUUAUGAUGCUAUAGCUAUGGCAGUUAGAUGUGGUAAUUGGAGAACAGCAGGAUAUUUAGUUUAAAAAGCAAUGGAGAGAGGACAUAUGUAUGGAUAUAAUUAAGUACAUGUUGAUGUUCUAAAUUAUACAAAUGCUACUCGUAUUGGAAAUAUCAAGAAACCAUCAGCAACAAAAAAAACUAUUGGAUUGUAUUUAAUAACACCAAUACAUUGUGCAGCAAUCAAUCCUAAUCAUAGUUGUUUAUAAAAAUUACUUGAAAUUUCUUAAGAGUUUAAUAUUUUGGAUGAAAUUCAUAGAAAGCCUGUUCAUUAUGCUGCUGUUUCUUAAACAAAUGAUUGUUUAAAAUAUUUAUUGGAGAAUGGUAUUGAUGCAAGAGAAGGAGAUAGAUUUAAAAAUACUCCAUUGAUGCUUGCUGCUUAAAAUGGAAGAGCACAUAAUAUAGAACUUUUAGUUUCUAAUAAUAUUGAUGGAAAGAAUAAAGAUGGAAAUGCUGCUAUUCAUUUAGCUUGUAUUGGAGGUCAUUUAGAAACAGUUUAAAUUCUUUUAAAAAAUGGAGCAUAAAUUAAUUAACCAGGCUAAUUUAAAAUGACUCCAUUGAUUAUUGCAAGUGCUUAUGGACACUAUGAUUUAGUGAAGUAUCUAAUCGAAUAAGGAGCUAAAGUAUUAAGUAAAGAUAAAUAUGGAAGAUCUUCUUGCAUAAUGGCAGCUAGAAAUGGAAAUCUUAAAAUACUUUCCAUUCUACUUUAUAAUGGAGCUGAAUUUAAUAUGCCAGAUUCAUCAAAAAAUACACCUCUUCAUUAUGCUGCUGCUUAUGGAUUUCCUGAAUGUAUUGAAGAAUUAAUGAAAGCUGGAGCAGAUUAAAAUCUACCGAAUUCUUGGAAAUUAACUCCCUUAUCUGUAGCUUUAUAAAAAAAUCAUUUAGGUGUUGUGAAAAUUCUCUUAAAUUAUCCAAGUACUGAUGUCAAUUGUAAAGAUGAUGAAGGAAGAACUCUAAUUUCAUCAAGUUUGAAUAGAUUUAAUGCUGAUUCUUUUGAAUAUAUGAAAUACUUAAUUCUUGAAAAAAAUGCAAAUGUCAAAACACCUGAUUUAUAAGAUAAAACACCACUUCAUUAUGCUGUUUUAAUCUCUAGGAAAAAUGUUAAAUAAUAUUAUUAAAAAUGGAAUGAAAUGAUGAAAGCUGAAAAACAGGAUAUUAAAAAUAAUUAUGAAUAACUAAUUUCAGAUUUAAUUGAAUUAUUAAUUAAUGCUGGUGCAGAUGCUAAUGUUCCAGAUGUUAAUGGUUAAACUCCUUUCAUUUAAGCAUUAAUGAGUCAAAAUUUCAAAACAGCAGAACUAAUAAUGAAAUUAACUGUACCAAAGUUUGAUUUUAUUGAUAAUAAAGACAAAAACAUAUUGCAUAAAUUAAUAGAAUGUAAACUAUUCUUAAAUCCAAAGGGAUAUACUAUUUUAGAAAAUGUUAUUAAAACUGUUGAUUAAUCUUACAUUAAUUAAUAUGAUGAAAAUGGAUGGAAUCCAUUAUUAUAUUUGAUAUCAGAAUAUACAAAAACUGCAUAAUAAUAACACUAUCAAAUUUACAAUAAAAAAAUUUAACAGUUAUAAGUUAAGUUAUUUGAAUAGAAAAUCUCAGAGUUACCACCAGAAAAAGUUUAAAUAGAUGAAGAGAUAAAACUUGAUGAAGAGGAAGAAUAAGAAUAAGAAAGAGAUUUAAGUAAAGUAGUAGAUGAUGAUGAAACAAGUGAUUAGGAUUUGAGUGAAGAGGACGUAGAUGAAGAAGAAGAUUAAGAUGAAGAGGAAAUCUAAUAUAAAAGAAAAAAAACAGCAUUUAAAAAUCCUUAAAUCAUUCUUAACACACCAUAACCAAAAUUAUUAAGUGGAAUUAAAACAAAUACCAAGAUUUCAAAACAUGAUUCUUUUUAUGCAAAUUCUUAGAAUUAAUUUUAAUAAGAACAAUAACUCUAAGCUGGCGGAGACAUAUAUCAUUAAAAAACAUUUUAUUACAACAGCAAACCAAUUAUUAUCCAUUUGAUUAAAGAAUAAGUGGAUUAAUUAAAAUAGGAAGCUCUCUAAGCUUCUUUUUUAAUACAAGAAACAGUUCUCAAACUAUUUAAAUUAUUAAUAAAUUUUGGAGCCAACUCAAAUAGUAUAGUGAUAAAAAGAAAGAAGUUUAGGUAAGCAGAUUAAUUAUAGUAAGAUUAAUAAGAAACUAAAGAGGAUCCUUUUAUUGAUGAAGGUAGUUAUACAAUAGCUCAUUUUGUAUUUAGGUCCUUCCAUAGUGUGUCUUUUCUCUAAGGAUUAUAAAGAAUCUCUAAUAUUUCAUUAAAAGAAACAACUCAUAAUAAUAUAAGCCCUAUUCACUUGUUUGCUACCACAUGCAACAAAUAUCUAAUAUGUGGAAGAAAAUAAGAAGCUAGUGAAACAUUCUUAAAAUUUGUUAUAAACCAUGUUGAUAUCAAAGUUAAGGAUUUUAAUUUAAAUACUCCUACAAGUAUUUUGGGCUUACGUUAUAAUGAAGAUCUUAAUUGGUUUAUUGAAUAUUUAUUAGUUUAUGGGGGAUGUAUAGAUAAUUUAAAUAAAAAUAAUGAGGUUCCACUUUAGAAGUGGGUUAAAAUGAAUAACGUAAAAGUUGUAGAGUUCUUUUUGAGUUAAUUUAGAGCUGAUCCGAAUUUUAGAGAUAAACAUAAAAGGACUGCAUUACAUCAUGCUAUAAACUCUUCGAAUUCUUAAGCAGAUGCUAGUUUUGAAAUGGAACAUUUAUUAAUAAUGAAUAAUGCCAAUACUAAUGUUAUUGAUUAUUUAUAAAGAACUCCUCUGUUUUAUGCUUUUACAAAAUUUAACAAACAAAAUGAUUUUUCUGAAAUAGAUCCUUUUGAAACAGUUUCGUCAAUAUUAGCAGAUAAGAAUUGCUCUGUUAAUUGUUUAGAUAUUUAUAAAAGAUCUCCUUUACAUUAUGCUGCAUUAAGAGGUAGUGUAAUAUCUGGUAGAUAUAUGAUUAAAAUGAAUGCUAUGGUAGAUGAUAUUGAUAUAUAUGGAAAUACACCUUUAGGUCUAGCCUUCAUAAGUGGUCAUUCUAAUUUCUGCACAAUGCUCAUAGACAAUAAAGCAAAUGUGAAUAGAAAUGCAAUAGUUAUUGAUAUUGAAAAAGUGAGAUAAGAAGAGAAGAAGUAGAGAUAAGAAAGAAGAGAAAAAGGAGAGGAAGUUGAAACGGAUGAUGAAGGACUUUCAAAUUCAAUAGAAACUGAAAAUAAUAAUAUAUCUGGACUUUAAGGUGGUCUAUUUGGAGGUGUUAGACUUCCUACUUUUCCUAAUAAAGUAAUCUCUAGAAAUGCUUUUGGAUAAAACACUUAAUUAAAUUAAUUGCCCUAACCUACAAAAUUUUCUCCUGGAACUUAUUCAUAUUUUAAAUUAGCAAUCAAAUAAGGAUGGUAAGGUGUUGCAUAUUUAUUGAUUACUGAUGGAUACGAUUUAUAAAGAGCUAUUGAAGAUGCUAUGAUGGAAGAUCAAUUUAAAUUAGUUAGAACUUUACUCUUAAAAGUUAAGGAGGAUUCAGUUAUUCAAAAAUGCAAUCAUAACAAUUAAAAUCUUUUUCACAUUUUUGCAAUUAAAGGUAGAAAUUGUAGUUAAGAUAUGGCUAUUUUAAUUGCAAAUGAAUUAUCCAGAAGAGGUAUAGAUAAGAAUCCUACUGAUAAUUUAAUGAAUACUCCUUUACAUUAUGCAUGCUAAAAUAAUUUUCCUUAAAUGAUCAAAUACUUAUUAAAUAGAAAUAGUGAUCCUAAUGCUUUUAAUUCUGAUAAAAAUACCCCUUUUUCUAUUAGAUUACAAAGUAAUUAUAAAGUUUUCGCGGAUCCUGUAGAAUUAGGGCUAUGGACAAACAGUAAAGUUAAUUUAAAUGUGAAAUUUAACGUCAAUAAAAAAGAUUAUUGUCUGACUCCUUUAUUAUAUUUAAUUUAAGAAUACCAUGUUGAAGAUGAAAUUUUACUAACUAAAUUUACUGAUGCAGGAUGUGAUAUUAAUGAACGAACAGAAAAAGGGGACACUUCCUUGAUUCUAGCAAUUAAAAAUAACUCUUUAAAAUUAGUUAAUUUUAUUCUACAUCAUCCUCAAUUUUAAAAGGAAGCCCAUAUCAGUGAUUCAAAUUAAAGAUCACCAAUUCAUCAUGUAGUUUAGCCUUUAGAAUUUGGAUCUUAUGAAAAUAUAGAGAUGUUAGAAACUUUGGCUAAAUUUUUUGAUGUUAAUCUAAUAGAUAAAUUUGGUAAGACUGCUUUAGACUAUGCUUUUGAUUAAGAUUCAGGUGUUAUGACUAGAGUUUUAAGAAAUCUCAAAGCUGUCUAAAAUUUGAAAUAAAAAUAACCACGACUUCCAACUAGUGUAAUUUCAUAAGCUCAAUGGGUCGAAAAGGAAUUAGAUAUUGAAGCUGAUGCCUAAAAAUUUUUAGAUUAAUUUGGAGAUUAAUUAGAUGAUAGUAAAUUAGACUAUAAAAAUUAAGUUGAUUCUUAUGCUGUUCUUACUGGAAAGCUUGAAGUAUUGGUAGACAAAGAUAUUGGUCCCUACUCCUUAUUGAUGACAAAAGUUGAUAUUGGCAAUGGACUUUAUUCAGAAAAUGUGUUUUAUAAAAUGUAAGUCUUACAUGAAAUUAAUCGAAAUGUUUUUAUUCUAUUUACUAGAUGGGGUAGAAUAGGAAAUGGAGGAUAACAUUAACAAACUCCUUUUGAAAGUUCUGAAGCAGCUAUUAAAGAAUUUAAUAAGAUUUUCUCUAACAAAUCAGGUGGCAAUAAUUGGAGAAAAAUUAAAACUGCAGAAGAAGAAUUUGUAAAAAAACCUGGUAAAUAUUAAUUAAUGAACAUCAAAAAAUAGAAAAAUCAUAAAUAAUUAAUGACUCCUUUUGAUUUUAGUAAAAACUCUCCCUAUCCUACAUGUAAAUUGGAUGGUACUAUAAAGAGAUUUAUUUUAUAGUUUAUCUAAGUAAAAUUAUAUUAAAAAGAUCUAUAAGAGUUUCAUGUAGAUAUGGAAUUUUUGCCAAUUGAAAGACUUGAUAGAAAAUAAUUGGAAGUUGGCAAAGCUAUUCUUAAUGAACUAACAGAUAGUGUUGAAGAAUUAAAAUAACUUAGAUAGAAAGGAGAAAUAGAUGUUAAAAAGAUAUUACAAAUUUCAUUUGAAAUAGCUGAUAAAUCAAGUAGAUUUUAUGAAUUAAUUCCGAUGAUAGAAUAAAGAACAGAACCUCUACAUCCAUUAGAUUCUAUUGAAGCUAUUAAUCAAAAAUUAUUGCUCAUUGAAACUUUACUCAAUUUUGAAAUUACUUCCAAGAUUUUAUUGGGAGCUCAUUUGAUGAAAUAAUCCAUAAAUCCACUUAAUUAUUGUUUCAACGCUCUAAAUGUAAGAGUCAUUACACUCCAUCAAGAGCAUCCAGAAUUUAAAUUAAUUCAUCAAUAUAUAAAUCAAUCUUCAUCACCAAAAAUAUCUAACAUUUUUGCCAUUGAAAGAAGAGGAGAAGCUGAAAGAUUUGAAAUCAAUAAAUAAUACAAUAGAUUAUUACUCUGGCAUGGUUCUAAAAUAUCUAACUUUAUGGGUAUUUUAGCUUAAGGACUUAAAGGUUAGAUAUUUAGCUUAUUUUUUAGUUGCACCACCUUGGGCACUCAAUACAGGAGCUAUGUUUGGUAAGGGAAUCUAUUUUGCUGAUAUGUUCUAAAAGUCUUAUGCUUACACUGACGAUUGGUCACUUCAUUAUAAUUCUUAUAAGGGACUCUUUUAGUAAGGAGGAGGACAUUGGAAAAAACAAUAAAAAGUAGUUAAAGAUGAGCAAGAAGAAAUUCAAAGAUAUAGAUAUAUGUUGCUUUGUGAGGUUGCAGUUGGUAAAUCUUAAGAACUUUACUAAGCAGAUUAUGUUCAAAAUUUACCAAGUAUUUUCUAUUUAUUAUUAUUAGAAAAAUAUUAAUCUGUAAAGGGAUGUGGAAGAAGGGGACCUGAUUAUAAAUAAUCAGUUAUUUUAUCAAAUGGAUGCAAAGUUCCCGUUGGUUAGUGUAUCGAAUAUUCAGAACCUAAAAAGAAGGAUAAAGAGGGCAAACCUAUAUAAUACUAUUUAUAACAUAACGAAUAUAUAAUAUAUGAUGAAACUAAGGUUAAAUUUAGAUAUUUGGUUUAAUUAGAUACUAUGGAUACAAUUGAUGAAUACUGA